CGGCGCUUGUCGCCUCCGCCCGUCCGGUGGCCCCCCUGCAGGACGGUAGGUACGCCUCGGACGGAAUUGCUUUGGCAUUGGCAUCGGCAUCUUAUGACAGUGGCACUGCAGCUCCUAUCAACUGCCACGGUUAUCAAUCAACAAUGCCUCAACGAUAACCUUGCCAAUCGUGUUAUUCAAGCUGACGUGUCACUCUCCGCUUCCAGCUGUCCUGUGCACAUCGUCGAACGCAAACAUUGUCUUCUACCAGAUCGCACCUCGACUGACGUACGCACUCGCGUGCACUGUGGUCUAUCUUACAUUUUAAAAGAAGACGACAACAACUGGCCAGAGCCUGACCGGGUUGGGCGCCAGGAGCUCGAGAUCGUGAUGGGCAACGAGCAUAUCUCUUUCACCACCUCAAAAAUUGGGUCCCUUCUUGAUGUCCAGAGCAGCAAAGACCCUGAGGGUCUCCGCAUUUUCUACUACCUUGUCCAGGAUCUCAAGUGUUUUGUGUUUUCGCUCAUUGGACUGCACUUCAAAAUCAAGCCUAUCUAGUUGUUGUGCACUUGAGAUUUCAAUUUUGCCUUUCUUUUUUUGUUUCCAGACCUUUCUCUCUUUUGCAGGCCUCUCCUUUCUGUCUUCCCUCGCGCGGAACGUUUUUUUUAUGUUGAAUUAAGCUUUCUUCUUCACCGUCUUUGUGAUGACCACCCGAGACCUUGUAGGACUCCAGAUUUUGCUUGUAUUGAUUGUUGUAUUUCUGUAAUAAAGUUUGAGAAUUUGU